AUGGGGAAGCUAACGACCGCUGUUCUAAACCUUUCCGUGUUGUUUCUGGCUGUCUUCAUUGGAUUCUAUCAGUUAUAUCUCAAGCCUCUAUUUAUCACAUACGGCGUAUUCCCUUUCGAAAGAGAGAUCAAACCUUUAGGAAACCAAAACUGCAAGGCCGUACCGGAGCUGCAAGCAUGCGAAAAACUUGUACUACACCAAGAUACAGGUGUCAUAUACCUAGCUUGCUCCACACAGUCUAGCAGGGCGCACUGGAUACCAGCUAUGAAUCAACUUAACGCGACGGGGGCGUCGCAUGAGGACUAUGUCGCCACCUACGACCCAUCAACAUCUCAGAUUAUACGUCUGCGCCCAUCAGCCGACUUCAACCACGGACGAGGGCUGUCACUCCAUGGAAUGGAUGUAGUGACUUCCUCAUCAGACCCUGACGUCUUGUACGUCUAUCUCGUGAACCACCGCGCCCCUCUUGCAGAUGGAAACACUCCAGUGAACGCAGAGCAAACGGGCGCUGAUUCAGUCAUCGAAAUUUUUAAAACGACAAUUGGAGGCAAAACGCUUGAACACGUCAAGACUAUAGAACACCCUGUCAUUAUCACGCCUAAUGACGUCGUUGGGUCCUCGGACGGCAAUAGCUUUUAUUUCACGAAUGACCACGGUGUCCGAGUCGGUUAUUCUCGAUACCUCGAAUACGUGGGCCACAGAAAUGCAUCUGUAGGCUACUGCCAUCUCGAUCAGGGUUGCAAGUUUGCUCGUACAAGGACACACUCUAGCAAUGGGAUUGCUAGGGCCAACAACGGGACGUUAUACAUCGCAGAUUCAACUUUUGGUGACAUCACGGUACUAGAGGCACAGGUGGACAACACGUUGGUAGUCGUGGACUCCAUCCCAACAGAAUUGGUCGUUGACAAUCUGGCACUUGACGCUGACGGUCUGCUUUGGGGAGCAGAGGACUUAAGGCAAAUUUCGAUUAACACAGGGGUGAACGCGUUCUAUGGCGAGAAGUACAGAGUCGAGAAGGUUUUCGAAGACGACGGUAACCUCGUUUCUGGAAUAACAACGGCAGUACAUGACUCCCAACGAAAGAAAUUAUUCCUUCACGGCAUAGCAUCUCCACAAUUAGUUGUUUGUGAUACAUAA